AUAAUUUUCGGUACGUUUUCGUAAACGGGGUCUCUCUACUAAACCCAAAACUGAGAAACCUAGCUGCUAUUCAUCUCCGCCUAGGACCGUCGGCGACGGCAUAUCGACUAACCUCCGCCGCUUCACCAACUACUGCAUUUCAAACUAUUAUGAAACUCAAUCAUUCAUAUCUUAGAACCCUGCCUUCUGAAUAGUCCAUAUCUAACGCCUUCUUCAGUGAAAGCUGCAACCUGCGAAUUUAGCUCACGAAAUGGCAGUUGCAGCUUUUCGUACUAAUAAGCUGUCAUCUCUCUUUCGCUCUCACGAAGUGAUAUCCCAGGUCCUCAUAAAUUGCUCGUUUAGACAUGUCUUUUCCACUAGCAUUGUUCGGCAUGAGCCAAUACUGGUGAGAGAUUUCGUACAUUCAGCCUUGUACGACCCUAACCAUGGCUACUUCUCUCAGAGAUCAAGAUCAGUCGGGGUUAUGGAAAAAAGCAUCAAAUUCGACCAGCUUGAGGGGAGGGAAGCUUAUGUGAAGAAAUUGGAUAAAGUCUAUAAGCAGAGUGACGUGUCAUGGUUUACUCCAGUGGAGCUCUUCAAGCCUUGGUAUGCUUAUGGGAUUGCUGAGGCCAUAAUGCGUUCUGCUAACUUUUCACUUCCACUAAAAAUUUAUGAAAUCGGUGGUGGAUCAGGAACUUGUGCAAAAGGCAUAUUGGAUUACAUCAUGUUGCAUGCACCUGAGAGAGUGUACAACAAUAUGACGUAUACCUCAAUUGAAAUCAGUUCAUCACUGGCUGAAAUUCAGAAGAAAACUGUGGGAGAAAUUCACAAACCAAAAUUUAGGGUAGAAGGUCGUGAUGCUGCUGACCGCAGCGGAUGGGGGGAGGUGGAGCAACAACCUUGUUGGGUGAUAAUGCUUGAGGUUCUUGAUAAUCUUCCACAUGAUCUUAUAUAUUCAGAAAGUCGGGCUGUACCGUGGAAAGAAGUAUGGGUUGAGAAGCAACAAAAUGGGGAAACCCUGUCUGAGCUAUACAAGCCACUACAAGACCCAUUGAUCAAUCGUUGUAUUGAGAUCAUGGAAUCUAAGGACGAUAAGUCUAUCUCAAACUUGAGAAACCUUUGGUUUAAGCUCUUUCCAAAACCUCGAAGAUGUUGGUUACCUACGGGAUCAUUGAAACUACUGGAGGUGUUGCAUGAGGCAUUACCAAUGAUGUCGUUAAUAGCUUCAGACUAUAGUUACCUACCAGAUGUGACUAUACCUGGAGUGAGGGCGCCUUUGGUCUCAACCAAGAAAGAUGGUCAGAGCUCAGACUACAAAAGUUAUCUGGAUGCAAAGGGUGAUGCGGAUAUAUUUUUCCCCACGGAUUUCUGGCUUCUGGAACGGAUGGACCACUACUGUUCUAAGCUGAAAGUAGGAAGAAAUAAAUCAUCCAAAGAAGUGAAGAAAAGACGAACACUUGUACUCGACACAGCGGCAUUCAUGGAGGAGUUUGCUUUGCACACCAAGACUAGAACCAAGGAUGGAUACAACCCAUUGCUAGAAGACUUCAGUAACACCAAGUUCUAUAUUAGUGUUCCAACUCAUAACAUUCAGUAGCCUGUCCCAGUCCUGCAGCCAUUAUGUUUGUUCUAGAUAAUCUCUGUCAACUGAAGGAAAUGAAAUUUUGUUUUCUUUGCAUCUAUGUGCAGUGGUUGAGCUAGGGGGUUUAGGCUCCGGUCCGUCACACGACACAUAUAAGUUUUGAUAAAAUAAUAAAAUAAAUUUAAAUGU